GGAGAGAGAGAGUAAAAGCAGUAGACAGGGUUACUGGAACAGGAGUGAUGGACUUAGUCCAGUCAGACUGAGAGAGAUCACAAGGGCUCCUUCUUUGGACUGUGAGGAGCAAGCUGACCAUGCUGUUGGAUCUUCUGCACCUAUUAGAGAGAACUUUCUUCAGGACACCGACGGGUUUGAAAAGGGAGCCGUGCAAUAGACUGGAGAUAUCAGGCCUGUUUGGAGUGCCAUCAUGGAUCGUCCUGGGCUGGUAUGGUUGGUGUUGCUCCUGGUGAGUGGACCGAUCCGAGGAACCGAGGGUGGCGCUCAGGAGUUUGACAGCAGUGAUGAAGGUCCAGAGGUUGAAUUCCUGUCAACGUCUCGCACCCGGCGGGCCCCCGAACCUCCUCCCCAAGACAAGUGCUCUUACACCUUCAUUGUACCCCAGCAGAAGGUUACGGGAGCCAUCUGUGUGAACUCCAAGGAGCCCGAGGCUGUGCUGGAGAACCGUGUCAAUAAGCAGGAGCUGGAACUUCUCAAUUCAGAGCUACACAAACAGAAGAGACAAAUCGAGACUCUGCAGCAGCUCGUUGAGGUGGACGGCGGUAUCGUCAAUGAGGUGAAGCUUUUGCGCAAGGAGUCUCGCAACAUGAACUCUAGAGUGACGCAGCUAUACAUGCAGCUACUGCACGAGAUCAUCCGCAAAAGGGACAAUGCGCUGGAGCUGUCCCAAUUGGAGAACAAGAUCCUUAACCAGACUUCUGAGAUGCUGCAGCUUACCAACCGCUAUAAAGAUCUGGAGUACAAGUAUCAGCACCUCGCAUCACUAGCAAAUAACCAGUCAACGCUCAUUUCCCUUCUCGAGGCGCAGUGUCAGAGGGGACCACCAGUUGUGGCUCCAAGGGUCCAGGCUCAACCUCAACCUCAGCCCCAACCUCAACCAAGACCCUCAUCACCCAUCAAUAAGCCCAACCAGCCACCCACCUUCAGCCGCAACAACCAGAUCACCAAUGAGAUCCAGAGCGAUCAGAACCUAAAAGUCCCGCCGGUCCCUCCUCCCACAAUUCCAGGUGCAACUAACAGCCCAUCUACAACAAACAAACCCUCUGGUCCAUUCAAAGACUGUCUGCAGGCUCUGGAAGACGGCCACACUAACAGUGGCAUGUAUCUAGUGAAGCCGGAGAACACAAACAAACUGAUGCAGGUGUGGUGUGAUCAGAGACAUGACCCUGGUGGCUGGACAGUCAUCCAGAGAAGAAUGGAUGGAUCGGUCAACUUCUUCAGAAACUGGGAGACGUAUAAGCAAGGCUUUGGAAACAUCGAUGGAGAAUACUGGUUGGGGCUGGAAAACAUACAUUGGUUAACCAACCAGGGGAACUACAAACUGCUGGUGACGUUGGAAGACUGGGCUGGACGCAAGACGUUCGCAGAGUACGCAAGUUUCCGUCUCGAGUCCGAGGCCGACUUCUACAAGCUCAGGGUGGGCCGUUACCACGGCAAUGCCGGUGACUCCCUAACUUGGCACAAUGGGAAGCAGUUUACCACUCUGGACAGGGAUCAUGAUGUGUACACAGGCAACUGCGCUCACUACCAAAAGGGAGGCUGGUGGUACAAUGCCUGUGCCCACUCAAAUCUGAACGGCGUGUGGUACAGAGGAGGUCACUACCGCAGUCGCUAUCAGGACGGGGUUUACUGGGCUGAAUUCAGAGGAGGCUCUUAUUCUCUCAAGAAGGUUGUCAUGAUGAUCCGACCCAACCCAAACACCUUCCACUGAGCAGCACAGAAACACAGGGCACAAACUCAUGACUGCUUGCCCAUGUUCCCCCUAUACAGUGCAAUUCACUUAGACUGUGUUUUUUUAAUUAUGCUUUUUAAGUAAAUACAGUAGCUAGAUAUAACAUGUGCCUAAAAACAUGGGGAAGUAGCAGAAUUGUGAGCGACUACAAAGUCAGAAAAUAAAAUGUCUGAUUGUUUGACCUAUUUUCCUUAAAACCUAAAAUGGUACAAUGAACAUCACAAAUUUUUUUAACCAAAUAUUCCAUCCUGAUCUCACAAGAAUUCGUAGCUAUUUUACGAGGCGGCUAAUUCGUAUAAUUUCGUAUGUGGUGAAUCUUACAAAAACAAUGAUAAUUAGAAAAAAGCCAUACUGAAUCCCUAAACCUAACGUCACUGGUGCGAAAGCAAAUCGUACUAAAAUGUACGAAUUAGAUCGCACGAAUUCAUACGAAUUAGCCAAAAUUUACCACCUCGUAAAAUAGGUACGUUUUUGCUGUGAGAUUGUGUUGAAUAUUCAGUGCAAUUGCGACUGUGUUGUCUUGAUUUAUUUCGUUAAAAAUGCCACAGAUAAACGAACAGUACUCAUUAAUUGUUACGAAUAAGACACAGGACGUCCGAUCCGGUGAUAGUUGGAUACUGUAGUUUACGCUUUCCUAGUUUAUUCGAAGCUCAGAGAAUAUAUAUUUCCUGAUGAGAUGAAUGACUCAUAUUUAUUUCAGGGAUGUCAUUUUUGAAAUUCAUAUAAAUGCUACAGUUAAAAAAAUGCCACAUCUUAAAACAGUCAUUGGUUUGGUUCACUUAAAAACUGUAUUUACUGUGUAAAUUAGCUGUUGGUAUCAAAUGAAGACCCAGCACAUGUUUAUACAUAUAAACAUAAUAUUGUUGAAAAUAAUGUGUAAUUUGUAAUAUACUGUAAGUGUAACAGAUUUCCCCAUGUACUGUCCAAUUGUUGCAAUAAAAGAUGCACUGUA